AUGGAGCAGUAUACAACAAAUAGCAAUAGUUCCACAGAACAGAUUGUUGUGCAGGCUGGACAGAUUCAGCAGCAGCAGCAGGGUGGUGUCACUGCUGUCCAGUUGCAGACUGAGGCCCAGGUGGCAUCGGCCUCAGGCCAGCAAGUCCAGACCCUCCAGGUAGUCCAGGGGCAGCCAUUAAUGGUGCAGGUCAGUGGAGGACAGUUAAUCACAUCAACUGGACAACCCAUCAUGGUUCAGGCUGUUCCUGGUGGACAAGGUCAGACUAUCAUGCAAGUACCUGUAUCUGGGACACAAGGCUUACAACAGAUACAGUUGGUCCCACCAGGGCAGAUCCAGAUCCAGGGGGGACAGGCAGUGCAGGUUCAGGGGCAGCAAGGCCAAACGCAGCAGAUCAUCAUCCAGCAGCCUCAGACAGCCGUCACUGCUGGGCAGACGCAGGCCCAGCAGCAGAUUGCAGUCCAGGGACAGCAGGUGGCACAGACUGCUGAAGGGCAGACUAUCGUCUAUCAGCCAGUUAAUGCAGAUGGCACCAUUCUCCAGCAAGUUACAGUCCCUGUUUCAGGCAUGAUCACCAUCCCAGCAGCCAGCUUGGCAGGAGCCCAGAUUGUCCAGACAGGAGCCAACACCAACACAACCAGCAGUGGGCAGGGGACUGUCACUGUGACACUACCAGUGGCAGGCAAUGUGGUCAACUCAGGAGGGAUGGUUAUGAUGGUGCCUGGGGCUGGCUCUGUGCCUGCUAUCCAAAGAAUCCCUCUACCUGGAGCAGAGAUGCUCGAAGAAGAGCCUCUCUAUGUGAAUGCCAAACAGUACCAUCGUAUUCUUAAAAGGAGGCAAGCCCGGGCUAAACUAGAGGCAGAAGGGAAGAUUCCAAAGGAAAGAAGGAAAUAUCUGCAUGAGUCUCGGCACCGACAUGCCAUGGCAAGGAAGCGUGGUGAAGGUGGACGGUUUUUCUCUCCAAAGGAAAAAGAUAGUCCUCAUAUGCAGGAUCCCAACCAAGCAGAUGAAGAAGCAAUGACACAGAUCAUCCGGGUGUCCUAACCCUAGAUCAUGUGAUGGAACUUAUCAAGGUCACGUUCUUCGCUACUGUUCCAGAAAAUUGGUCAACUCUUCCAAUGGGACACUCACAAUCACGUUCUGUCCUUUUCUUCAGGACAGAGACCACUUCGUUUUAAUAAGUGGCUCAGUAUUAUAAUUGCAGUGACGUCUGGCAAAUUGAAGUUGCAAACUAUGGCGCACCAUUUUCAUCAGGACUUAUCUCAGACUGCUGAGGACAUUGCCAUUUCAUGGAUUAGGAAGAUGCAAGGGACCCAUGCUAACCCAGCAGUACCAAAUACAGCACUUACAUCACCUGAAGAAGCCAGCCA